AUGUCCGUAUCCUUCGCGCAUAGUCUUACGGACUCGCAAAUCGGACAUUUUACGCAAUUACAAAUGCGAAAACCCGGUGGCCUUCUUCUGAUACCUGUCACUGACCCACACCCAUUUGUCGGCACUUCUGCCAUUCCUGUUGUGGCUCGCACUAAUAGACCAGCAACUCGAAUAACCCCCUACGAUUAUCGCUUUUUCUGCCCCGCUACUAUGCGCCAGUCAACGACUCCACAGCCAACUGGACCAGAGAGCAUCUCCUCCUCAAGGGUCUCUAAACUCGCCAGAAGACCACACAGAAAGUCAAGGAAUGGGUGCUUUAACUGCAAGAGAAGAAAGGUCAAGUGUGACGAGGUGAAACCUGCGUGUGCCAACUGCGUACGCUUCGGUAUUCCCUGCGACUUUGCACCUCAACCACUAUCCAGUGACGACUCAGCUCACCAGAGAUCUCCCCCAGAGAUCCUCUCGGUCCUAGCAGAGCCUGCUGCAACACCACGUCGAGGCCCUGGUAGGCCGCGUAAGGACUGGGCUGCUCUCACGCGACCACCGCCGCCGCCUCCGGCAUCAGCAUCAGACAGAGCGACGACAUCUCCGUCGUCCACCUCAGCUACUCCAGCUUCCUCGUCUACGAUAUCAAACUCUCAGAUAUGCUCUCUUAAUGUCGCUGACGCAGAGUUACUAUUCCACUUUAUGGCCAACACUUCAAGGACGUUGCAUGAUGCUGAUGACCCUGCUGAUGACAUCGCGUCGUUUUGGGCCAAGAACGUCCCCCAGAUUGGCCUCUCCUACCACUUUGUCCUCCAUAUGAUGUAUGCUCUGGCUGGGUACCAUCUCGUUUAUCAGGAGCCCAAGGGAACGGAGCGGCAUUCCCAAAACCUCGCUCUCGCAGCACAUCACGCGGAACUUGGUAUCUCUGAGAUGAACAGAACUAUAACAAACCUCAGCGAGACAAAUUGCGGUGCACUAUAUGUCACUGCAGUUCUCGUCUGCUAUUGCACAUUCGCUGCUGGUCCGACGGGUCCUGAUGACCUACUGGUAUGCGUUGUGGGCGAUGGUAUUUCGCAGAGGUGGCUUCCAGUCAUACACGGCGUUCGGUUGAUUCGACAGAGUGUCGAACCAGCAACGCUGUUUACAGGCCUCAUGGCCCCCCUCGGUGGCGGCACAAAACCGGAGCUAGAAGACCCGCGACCCGAAUAUUUGGUCAAGGGGUUCCCUCAUCUCGACUGGGUUGAGCCUCUCGAAAGGCUUCGGGUGUGGAUAGCAUCCCACGAGAACCCAGACACUGCUUUGUAUCUGAGAGUUCACAAAAUGCUGUGUGAUGUAUACGAAGCCAACUAUGGCAACUUAAAAGGGGUUAUCGAAGUCCCCAUCACUAACAAACUUGUGUUUGGUUGGCUUUACCGGAUGCAAGACCUGUUUGUUGGGUGUCUUCAGCGCAAAGCACCACAGGCCUUGCUUCUUUUGGCAUAUUACGUCCCGUUAUUCAAGACGAUGAAGGAGUGCUGGUAUUUGGAUGGUUGGGCGGCGCAUUUGCUUGACAGGAUAAGAGGGUUAUUGAAUGCGGAUCUGUUGGGCUGGCUAGAUUGGCCGGUAGGGAUAUCUCUUCAUCCUGAGGUUAUAUAA